UUGGCGCACGACUAUUAUAUAAGAUGUAGAGGAAUUUCGGUGUAUAUCAGUUUUGGAACAGAGCCCUACACAGGAACUCUGAUCCAACACGCGUUGGAGACCGGCAAGGUGGUCGUGGUACCACAGAUCCUCGACCAAGCUGCCACCGAAACCAACUUUGAAAUGAAAUCCCUUCUUGGUCUAAUGAGGAUGCGUCAAAUUCAAGAUAUAAUGGAGAUCAACACGUGGCCUUUGAAUAAAUUUGGGAUUCGAGAGAUGCCACAGCCACCUCUUGGUAGUGUGGAUCAAGACGAUGCUCUAGAAAAUUUGGUCGAUCUGAUUGUGGUGCCAGGUCUAGCUUUUACGGAUUGUGGAGAUCGGUUAGGUCGAGGAAAGGGUUUUUAUGAUCAAUACCUGAGUGGAUUACGUCGUUUCUACCAGGAAUCUCUUCCACAGCUUGAACCACCGCGUACAAUGGCACUGGUGUACUCUGAACAAAUUUUAAACACGAUUUGCACCGAAGAAAACGAUGUGAAAAUCGAUGCAAUAAUAUGUGCCUAA